CAUCACAUCGUGGUACGUCGUACGUCAAAGCCCCUUCAAGCCUCAUACAAGAUGGAUCGUCUGCAACUUCGAUGACCAUUCUUCAGUGAAUAAAAAUCGGGUAGUUAUUUUCUAAUUGUGUUCAAUCCUUUUAUCAAUCAAUAUAUUCAACAAAUAACGGAAAUGAGUGGAGAAGGGGGCGACGAGAACUGGCUGAACAGCUGGGAACAGCAGUGCUCGGACGCAAUGGACGAACAGCCAAACUACGAACAGUCGUUGAUAACCGAGUGCAGCAACUCUCAAACCAAAAUAUGGUCGUCUUUUCAAGAAUCCGCCACAGCCGUGGCUCAGUUGUACAGGGAUAGAGAUAUGGGAGACCCUGGGGCAAUAUGGUCACAGUUUCAAACAGCAGCUGGCACACUCACAUCUAUAUAUAGAGAAUCAUGUGAGAGCCUGAAGAGAACAAAUGAAUUAGCAAAACAAAGUGGUUAUCAGAAAAGGAAUUCAGAGCUAUUCAACUGGGCUAAACGGAAAAGACGCUUGAUAAGGAGAGAGGACCUUUUGGCUUACCUAGCUGGUAAACACCCACCACCACCCCCUAGACAGUCACACCAUCAUCAUCCACACCAUAGAUUAUCUCCCCGCCCUCGGACCCAUUCACCCACAGCAUCCGUCGUGGAUCACCACCACCUCAACCACCACCAUCACCAAGCCACUCCAGAGAAUCUGUUGGAGUUCAGCCAAGCCCUGGUUGCAUCUCCCCUUUGCGCGUUCAUAGCCGGCGAAAUAGCGCGGCACGGCAGCAAAAGACCUGCUAGUCCAGCACUGCAUGAUGUGCACAUGGACAGUAGCCCGCAAGGGAACCAGAAGCGACCCAAGUACAUGUGAGGUGGGUUUCAGACAGUUUGAAUAAUAGGCUAAGCGACCUAUGGAGAUGCUGCGAUUUAGGCCCGUAUCGUCAGUCGUCCCUACAAUUGUAGGGCGCGUUUAUGGCCUCCUUGAUUGUCAUACUCCUUUCCCUCCUUCAAAAAUUUCUAGAUUACACUUGUCCUGUAUCAGCGUCAGCGCUCUCCUAUUGUGAAGAUAUGUUUUCUUUUUAAAUUGUAGGAAAUUUCAGGCUGAUAAAACAUGAUAUAACUCAAAAGCAAGCACAAUUUGAUGCAAAUAGAUGUUUGUGACAUAACCUCAAAAUAGAGUUCUGAUACGGAGAAGUAGAAAAAUAUGACAAUCAAGGAGGCCAUAAAGGCGCCCUACAAUUGUAGGGUCGACUGACGAUACGGGCCUUAGUGAAAUAGCGUUAGCCCAGGAUUCGGACAUAAUGAUGGGAAUUUGUUUCAAGUGUGAUUUUCUAGGUUGCUGGUCUUGAGUUGUUGCACUUCAGGUAAAUUUUAUACAGAAAAUGUUCAUGCAAGGUUGAGAGUAAAUUCGAAAUAAUAUGUUCCACAAAUUCUGUUAUAGAUAUAGCUGUUCUUAUUGUACAGGAGAGGUUUUGUGAAAUAUUUUGUGGGUGUUUCUUAAAACGUCGAUUGAAUUGAUUCAAGAUGUAUUCCUAUUCUCAAAGUCACUCAAGUUUUCAGGUUUCUAAGCGAAUAUGACGCUAACCGUUUUACAGAACAAUACUCUCACAAUAAUAAGCUCUAUUAGAAUGUACUAGCUGAAAAUUGUUUCUGAACUGAUGAACUUAAUAGCUCAUACGCGUCUUUGAUGCGUCAUAGAAGGAUACAGAAGGAUUUUGUUAGAAACUAGAAUUUCUGCUAGUUGAUUUUAAACAGUGGAGGCUUGUAUUGUUUCGCUGCCCUGCGAAAUUAUUAGCAAAUUGCCUUCUAGAUACCGUGUUACCAUUGUAGCAGUGUCUAAAGGUAUUUGCUUUUUUCUUUUUUCAGCCUAUAUUUAAAUGAAAUCACCUUGUGGUAUCUUUACAACCUUGAAUCACUGUUUUCUCGGAGUACUGGGCUAUAUCUAGAAAAGCAAAUACGGAAAAUUUAGAGGAAGGGGGAGCGGGGAUAUGAAACGGAACAAUUUCUAAAUAGUUUAUUUGAAUGUCUUAAGAUGAUGCUUAUUUUACAUUAUAAUUUUUAUGACAGAAGUUUGAAGAUCUUGUCUUAUCUAAAGGACAAAACAUAAAGUAUUUUGGAAAAAUUGUUUUGUUUUUGUAAAAUACAAGUGAAGUAUGCUUUUUUAAAUUUUAUUUCUUUGGUUUGUUAAUCGUAGAUAUAGAAUUUGUUCCGUAUUUGUUUACUGCUUCCCCUUUUUGGUUUGGAGACAUGGUAGAAUUUUGUAUUUAUGGAUCAUUUUGGUGGCGUCCUUUAAAAUUCUUCCACAUGUCCUCUUUUGGAAGCUAUUUCAAGCACCUCAAAAUGCUUGGCCUAAAAAUGAUUAUUAUAUACAGGGUGUUUUGGAAGGUCAGUUCCAUCACAUAUUGCUUCAGGGACCAUUCAAGCUGUGCAUAUUUUUGACAUGGGGGAUGCGGGGGUAUUGAUGGUGAUUACGUCACACCUAUACUCGUUAUAAAAAAUUAAGUUGGUUUACUGAAUGGUUAGAUUUUUCGAUGCUUUGUGGUCUUUCGAACGAAUUUAAAAAAAUGUCACUGUAGUUUGAAAUCAUCAAUCAAAAAUCUUUCAAUUCGGUUCUUUCUUACGGUAUGCCAUAUGCAGCACAACAUUUUUUUUCGUGAUAACCCGAAAUAUUAGAUCAGGCAGAAUGUCAUCGAAAUUAUAGAAAACAAAAAUGGAAUCCAAAAUUUAUGAAACCAAACACGUGAUAUUGAUAAAAUUAUUUAUUCAUUCGAUAACAAAAUGCAAAUUGUUAUUUUUCACGCAUGUUCAAGCCCUUGUUUCGUAUUCCUGUAGCAGUAGUCAGCUUACUAAGACUGACUCCGAUACGCAGUACCAUAUAGCUUUUCUGAAGACUCAUUGGAAACAUAUGGCUGCUCAAAAUAUUGCAAUGAAAUAUUAAAUAUAAUUCACCGAAAUAUAAUUAACAUUUUCAAGAACACUAAAAAAAACUUCAGAAUGAACACUUCACACAGGAAAAGUAAGUAAUAAAGGACUAGUCAUCAUGAUUAUUUCUAAUAUAUGUUCGUGCCGGUCGUACUUCUAUCGUCGCUAGAGCAUUACUGCUUGAUAUUUUUAUGUGUGAAUCUAGACAGGCAGUUGAUUUGCAAAACUUAUCAACCAUUUAAGAAAAUGGACACCGUGGUCCUUAUAACCUACUAUCACAAUAUCCAAUAACAGGCUAUCAGCGAGGGUAUUGUCGUCAGUAAUAUCUUGCGGGAGAAAAACUCCAUUCUUAGCUACCUCAUGCUUCGCCACGUAGAAUCUCAGAUGACAAAACUAGAGGUCAAAUGCAAGAACUACAACAUCUUUGCGAAAGGCUUGGACGUCGCCAAACAACAGGCGAAAGAAAUAUUACCAUGGAUUACGUUCGUGGUAAACCUUCUAUAGUGCUUACAACCAUCCAGAAGGCCACAUCUUCAAAAAAAUGAUAAAGUCUAUGGCGGAGUGGAUGAUUUUUUAUACUAAUAUACUAUAUCUCUGGUCUAAACUACUUGAACUCCCAGCAUGAUAACAAACUAUCGUCGUUUGUCUCACUGAGACAUCGCUGCAUUGCAACGUGCAUGGCCCUUCCAUCAACCUGCCUGGAUACUAUCUAUACAGAACGGAUUCAUCUCGCACGUCAGGUUUUGGUGGAGUAUGCAUUAUGUUCGUACAGAAGUGGUGUCAGCUUUCUCGGUAUCUCCCUCUUUCUGUCUCUGGAUCGUAAACUAUUUUUGGAACUCAGUUUCCCAAAUUUCAGCUUCACAAUAGGCUGUAUUUCCAUGUCCCUGCUUAGGAAACAUGCAUCUGUGUAGUCUCAUCUUAGAUCUUUUAAAUAGAAAUACUAAUUUUUUCAUAGCUGGCGAUUUCAAUCUACCCGACAUUAACUGGUCUAUAUCAACCAUACUUGUUGCGCAUCACAAAUCACAACUAUAUCUUAACUUGUUUACCGCUCAACGAGGUUCAGGGAACGACAGAAACCUAGUGGCUCUGAAUUUGAUAUUCGUCAACGACACCGAUUUUGUUUCUAAUUCGGAUUGUUUGCCACCUUUUGGCAAGUCUACACACUUUUAUUUUCACGGCAGCUCAAUAGAACCAAACGUCCUAACAUCAAAAUGUUCAAAAGCAUCAAAGUUGUUGAGAAAGGAUCUGACGUCAACACUUGUGCCUUCGUUUACGUUUGUAACGGAACGAAAAACCGUAAGAAAUAACAAUUUGUAUUUUGUUAUCGAAUAAAUAAAUAUUUUUGUCACUGUCAAGUGCUUUGUUUCACAAAAAAUGUAUUUUGUAUUUUGUAAUCUCGAUGGGUUAUCGAGGAAAAAAACAUGGCUAUAUCGCUUUGUAUGACAUCCUAUAAUAAAGAGCAGAUGCGGAGGAAGUUUUUUCAUUUGAAUUACAGUGUUGCCAAAUUUCCACAUACAUUCGUUGACAAAUGACAAAACUAAGAGAACAAAAAGGUGGUUCUUCGUUAUUGUACAAGCGAUUGUGUAUCGAUUGAUUUUGGCUUCUUUCUAGUAUUUCAUAAUAUUGUGCAUAGCUUGAUAACGGUUCAACUUUGUACUUUCCGUAUAUGUGUCUCAAUGCGUUCCAAAUGGGGUAUAUUAUCACCUCUUGAAAGGAUGGUGUCGAGCUCCAGAACACCCUGUAUUUACAUAUGUGGGGUACAGGUAACUUAUUGCUGCAGUAUAUCAUUAUCUUUUAUAUUAAAGUUUUCAUAACACAUAGGCUGUAAAAGGGCAGAGAAAAUAUUUAUUGUCUUGCUUCUUCCAAACCUAAUAGAGGCCAAGAAAAUAUAUUUUAAAAUAGUAAGUGCUGUGAUAAACACACAUACUUCCAUAUUUAUAAAAUGUUGGAGAGUGUUUUUUUUUCAUUUCUAAGCAUAAAAUAUUGUUAAUUUAUUUGUAUUUGUAUUAUAUAUUCAUUUAGUAAUGUUUUGGUGGGUUUUAUGCAGUGAAAUAGAAAAUUGAUGCGGAUAUAAUAUAUAUAUAUAACGACUUGAUAAACUGAUGCAAUUAGUUCCUGAUCUAUCCAGAUAUUGAAACAUGUUCACUCUACUACAUACUCUUAUCUAAAAAUUCCAUAAGGCCCAGAUCAAAGCCUAUUUUCAUUAACGUUUGGUAAUACGCCCGGUUUUCUUUCCAACAAAAUAGGUAACUUAUUUUAUUGUAUAUAUAAACCAAGCAAUAACUGCUUAUGUGCCAUGAACAUCUUUAAUGAAAAAAAAAAAAAACAAGAAACAUGUGUUAUACAUUUAGUAUAUACAUAUUUUGCUAUUUUUUCAAAUGUUAGAAUUUUUACUAUGAGUGGUAUGCAGUGGAUAUGUGGAACCCAAUGUACUGUUGGAAAAAUGCUAGUCCUCUGAAAGUUACAUAGUAGCUCUCCACAACGCCGUACUAUAUCUAUACAUAUUGCAUAUUUUUGUCAUAUUGCUAUAAUUUUGUAUUACUUAUAUUUUUGUAGGUUGUGAUUUUUGUUAUCUUUUGAUUUUAGACUUAUUGAAGUGCCCUUAUUUUCUUUCUGGUAAAAUACCUGUAAAUAAAUGUAUAUUUGUAGUUUAGCUCUGUAUAUACUUUUACGAUACAUAAAUACAAAAAUGCAUAGCAUUUUUCCAACAUUCAUUAUAACUGUACAGUGAUGAGAAUGUUAGUUGUUUGCUCUUAGUAAACACCUUCGAUGGAACCAUUUCAACUUGCUUGUAACGAUAUUGUAAAAAAAUGAUUUGAGUAACUAUAAACACGUUUGUACACUUUACAAGUCGUAUACGUACCAUACGCAAUAAAAUUUAUAUUUAGAGGGAUAUAUAUGGUACCUAUAUUUUCAAUGUCAUAUUCAUGAGCUUACGUAUUAUUGUGACAUAUUCAGUUAUACGAAAUUUUCUGCUAAGAAGAAAAAUAAUUGAAGUUCAGAAAUACGCUGUUCAUACUAGAUAAAAUAUAGUCCAGAUACCAUAACACUUCAAAGUUUUAAAUAGAGAAAGGUAUUAAAUUAAGGUUGUGUAUCGGUAGUAGGACAAAUAUAUUUAAUGUAGGGCUUUUUGGUAUAAUUUUGCCCUGACGUCUUAACCAAAAAACAGUUCUUGGAAAUGGCAAGCUUAGUCAGGUUACUAUGAAGAUGUAUUGAGGGCCAAAUGUAGUAAAAGUCUAUGCCAAAAUCAUUUCAGGGGGUCAAAACAAACCAACUAUAGUCUUCUAUAUGCAUGCAAUUUUAGCAAACAUCUAUGUAGUCUAUCCAUAUUAGCACAUUUCCCCAAAAUAAUUGUAAAGUAUGGUUUUAUCAAUGCAAGUUGUUCAAGGGAGUAUUUAAAGCAUGGACGCCUAAAAUGGGAACACCAAUUUUUGUGGGAAAACUUUUUAUUCGACAACAAAGAAUGAGAAAACGUGUUUUUGGGAUUCAAUCGAAAGUGUUGGCAUUAACGAAAAAACUCUUCAUAUAAGAUUUUUAGGUAUUUAUGAGACCUACAGAACUUCGCUUAAAAAUAACAAUUAUCUUUCGAAAUGGCUUGUGAUUCAUGUCGGCAAGGUAAACUAGGGGAAUUUUGCUAUAACAUACCCUUUGAAUGAAUCCUGUAUAUUGCUCAAUAAACUAUUAGUGAUGGCCGGAAGACAGGUGUUUUGGGGUAAGCAAUUAGAAAUUCUCAAAAACUACCUGACCAAUCGGUAUUGGUGUACCCAUUUUAUACGUCCAUGUUUUAAAUGCCCCCUUGAACAACUUGCUUUAAUAAAACCAGACUUUACAAUUAUUUAGCAAACCAGCGGUAUUUUCAUCUAAUAUGAUUGGACUAAUGGUUAUUUGAGAGAAACAUGUGUAACCAUUGAUUAACGUAUUUAAGUGGUGCACUGAAUAUGGCUCUGGUCAGUCUGGCCCAAUCCUUCCUAUCUGAUGUUGACGUCUACUGCACCUCGAAAAUUGAUUUGGUGUAGGGUAACCAAUCAUCUCAAGUAUGUUUGAGCAGCAAUACACCUUACUACGUCCAACAAGUAUAUUUUUGGUGAUAUUAUAUCUCGAGAAAUCACUUCGCGAUCGAAUUUCGUACGCCGUUGCGAAUGACACCACUCGGUGACGACUAUUCCGCCUGUCGACAAGAAAUUUAUUGUAAUAGAGUGUUUUUUUUUCAGUAUUUGGAAUAUUUGAUCAAUACCUUCUUUUUAUGAUAUCGAUUUUACAUGAUUAUCUUGGAAAUAUAGAAUGUUUCAUCUAUAUUUUGAUGUCUCUGCCAAUAGAAUAUAAUGAAGUACCUACAUCAUUUUAUCAAAUAUCUUCAACACUUCUUUUGUGCGACUAUCAUUUUCCAGAUAAUAUUUCGAACAUAUCCUUGCAGUUUUGUCAUUAAAUUUUUGUUGCUAAUAACACUUCAGAACCCAUUGUUUGCAAAAAUGUGUGUUCCUUGGAAAACUCGAACAACGCCAAUUCUCUGCUUUUCUUGUGUUUGUUGCUUGAACAGUCUGCCACGUCACAGGAUACCAUACUUAAAAUGAAUUUACUGUUUCUUAUUAGAUUUCAAACGCACCACAUAACAAACGGAAUUAAUGACACAUUACAUACGAAUAUAAAACUGAACGUUUGUCAGCCAUUUCUUGGAAAUUUUGUCACCGAGUGAGGUCAUGUGUGCGAAAGAGAUGGAUUGAUCGUUUGCGCAUGUGUUUACCUUCUCGAGUAAUAGUAUCAUGGAUUGCUGAUUGCAAGCCAGCCUAGCCUAAUCGAAGCUUGAUAAUAAACAGCAUUUGAACUGUUUUUUUCAGGGUAUGGGAUUUGGGUCCCAUUAUCAUAACUUUAUAUCCAUACAUUACUUUAAAAACAGUAUAUACUUUGAAAUAACUGUGAUAUGGUAUAUAAUGAACUAUUUCUGUCUCAAGCUUAAAGCAUACAUCGCAUUCAGUGUUUGAAAAGUCACCCGUAUUUACCGGAAAAGUACAAAAGUUACUUUACGAACUGGUGCAUUAAUUCUGGGUAGGUACCAUACGCUAAAAUUAAAUAUCAAAAUAUAAAGUGGUUAUCAGUACACUCAUCAUUUUUUCAGCUAGGCUCAUGAAAUUUUCUGGUGAGUGAUACUUCUCAAGGGGAUAGCAUAUUGUAGUGAUAAAGCUGACAAAAUCCACAGUCACAAUAAUGUUUUAGUUUAACUUGGGAUUUGUGGUUUUAUGAUCUACUGCAUCGUCACUGAUGAUCAAUAUUAGUGACUAACAUCCUAUAACAGGUAUCAAACCUUAUGUUAUGAACUAAAAUCUGCAGUAUAUCCAGCGAGAUCCUCCGGAAUCCUGUUGAUAAAUUUGCAGAUCAUUUAAGUUCUUAUUUAUUUUUAUAGGCAUACUCAGAGGCACCUAAUAAUUAUUAUAUUUUCGGCUACCAUUGAUAAUCUAGCACAUUUUGACUUCCUGAAAUGGAUUUUAGAGAUUAUGAAGUACUGUGCAUUUCAGGAAGCAUACUUGUUCAUCAUCAAUUUGUUUGUAUAUUAUUUAGUUUUGUUGAAAUCUUGUUGGUAUCAUUCAGGAAUUUCUACCCCGCAUACCAAAGAACAACCGGCAAAGCAUUUUAAAUAACUUGUAUCGCGGGUAAUGUUUUAAAAAAUAUUGUAUAGUUUAUAAAACUUGCCUUUCACUGAAUCAUUGCUUAGGUAUAAAAAUAUUGUGAAAACUGUAAAUUGUACACAAUGAAUUUUUGAACUGUAUAUAUAUUUUGUACUUUGUAUCUACGUAGAUAUCACUUCUGUUCGGAUGUAAACUGCUGGACAAUAAUAGAUUAUGUUUUAACUAAGCCACAUUAUUAUCUAUACCAGCUAAUAUUGACUUAUUGUAGCCACGUUAUUCUCUAUAUCACCCAAUUUUCAGUCAUUGAAAGGCAACAUAAACUGGAGAAUAAAAUAUUGAAUUUGCAGAGUGAAAUUAAUAUAGGUAUAAAAAAUACAAAAUGUAAUUAAACGUAAAAAUCAGAAAAAGGAACUCAUGUUAGUUGUCAGCAUGCAGUUUACAUUUGCAUUGAAGUACAUGUAAAGAACCAUUGUACUUUAUGUAUGCUAAUAUUGCUAACCAUUGUUUUGUACAUAAAAUCAUUUUUUUGCGUUUUCAUCAAAUGUAAAUGUAAGUUAUUUAAGCGCUAAACUGAAUCGUUCGUGUAAGAUUCAAAAAUAAAUCACGUGAUUUUAAUUUUAUGUUUUGAAUUGUUAGACAUAAUACAUAUUAUUGAA